AUGUCGCAGCAAGCUUCGCUCCAGUCCUUUUUCACCCAGUGUUCCCAGCAAGGGACAGCCCCCUCGCAGAUCAGGAACACUCAGGUUCCCGACCCAACCCUAUCCGGAGCUCAAGAACAGGAAUUCUCCUCGACCUUUGCAACAACAUCUGACUACAACGACCCCUACCAACCGAGAAUCGACUACCUCUACCCGAGCAUUGUCCCCCAGGAUACUCACACCCAGACGGACCUGAACUAUAUUACUGUGAGGGAUGCGUACCAGACCACAAGAGUACACUACGCAGAGCUCAGAGUUCGGCUAACAGCUACAAAGGUAGAAGUCUCCAAGGUCUCCUCAGUCAACGUCGAGUAUAAUUCUCCUUGA